AUUGAUUGUUAUCGGUUGACGCGGCAAUACGGAGAUUAAUCCGGACAUUUUUUUAAUCUGAAUCCAUAAUUAAGUCUUCACGCAAAAUGCCUGCCAUCUACGAACGCAUCGAGAACGACCUCAUCGUCCAGGAACGCACGCUCUGGAGCGCACUAACGAGUGCCUCACCCACGGAUGAACUCGAACGGCUUUGCCACGAGAAGGCCGUCCUCCUGUUUCCCAAGAAGGAUAUCACCACGGUCGAAACCCUGGGCGAGACCUUUCGGAAGGGAUUCCACAAAUUCGAUGAGUACGACCUGCAAGACGUGCGCGUGAUUGUGAUCGAUCUCAUGGCGGGUACCAUAACGUAUCGAAUCCAUGCCAGCAGGGAAGGACAGCCAGAUUACCACGCAACAGGCUCAACGACUUGGGGCCAGGGAUCGGAUGGAGAAUGGCGCGUGAUUGCGCACCAGGAGACGCUGCUCUAG